ACUACUGCUGCUCAGAAUGACCAUAUAUUAAAACUCAGACAAAACGUGAGGUUGCAGUAACCUGCACGGGAUUCCGAUACGAAUGAAUAGACAAGAUUUGCUCACGAAAGAUCUUUCUAUUUUUGUUCAACUGAACUUGAAAGGGUGCAUUCUUUCACUGGAAGCCCAACUGUAGCACUUCAGCAUGGCUGAGUACCGCCUAGGGUCUGGAUGUAAUAUAUCCCAUGGCAUUAUCUUUAGAAGGGCAGCCAAAGUUUCCAUUCAAUUUUAAUCCCUCAAUCAACAUACAAAAACAGGUAACCUGGCCAUUAUCACAUUCCUUUUUGUGGGGGGCCUGCUGUGUGCAAAUCAACUGUUGCAUUUCUUACAUUGUACCAGUGAUUGCAUUUUUCAAACAACUUCUCACUGAAGACAAGAGAGACUGUAGAUGUUCGAAUCUGGAACAAAAAACAGAACUCUGGAAGAACUCAGCAGGUCAAGCAGCAUCUGUGGAGGCAAAAGGUCCUUAUCACCAAAGCAGAUCCCCACAGGUUCCUCAUUGUGAAAACGAUACAGCUGACAUUUAUCAAUCGAGAAGCAGAUGUAAGAUUGACACGACAGGUGCCCAGCAGACAUGGCCUUACACUACACAUGGUCUGCCUUAUGGAAGAUUCUCGGCAGGGUUUUAAACUGGUGGAGACUGAUGCUGGUGCCCAAGUUGAAACCCAAGAUUGAGCCUUUCUCCUACUGGACAACUAAAGUUGAGUUUCAGGAGCCAAUUCCAACCUCAACAAAUGGACACCUGUAUGCAAGCCUCACCGUCCCCUCAGAGCCUCAACACGGACAGAUAGAUGGGAUUAUUCAGAAAUUCAUUAGACUGCAAGACGAAAGCAAAGAGUCAACAAAGAGAAUUGUGAUGAUUGAAAACGACAUUGAGUCUAUUAAAUUAGAACUAGCCAAGAUGCAGACAGAAUGGCAAUACAGACAGCAAGAAAGACUAGCAGAACGGGGUGAGAUCAAGGGUCAGCUUUAUGUUGAGCGGAGUGAUCAGACAAUGAGGAACAGGGAUUUGGAUCUUCCUUGGAAGUGCAAGAUGCCGAAAGAAACCCAGGCUCAAAACUUCACAUGCCGACAAAGGAGAGAUUAUUCCAUGAGUGAUGAAGUGGACUACCCCUGCAAUUUCCUACCACAAUUUGAUGAAGGUAGCCAAACAGAGUUGAUGCCAUUUACAGGCGAGUACUCUGACAAGCACUAUUUCACUGAAGUGCCCUUUUGCAGCCUUCCAUAUGGGUCCACCCGUCUCACUUCUAUGACAAGCUACAGCUCUUACAGACGUGGAUCUCUCCUGUACAGAUUUAAGGCUGAUCUCAGAAGUGUUCAACCCUUGAAAGCAUAUGCACCACGCUCUAUCUUAGAUUUAAAGAUAGGGCACAGAGUGAAGAUUAUAUUGCCAAUUGGCAAAAUUGGAACAGGUGUGUUGAAGUAUAUGGGUACAUUGCCUGGUGCACCAGAAGUCUGCUUUGGAGUGGAACUAGAAUGUCCUGAAAAUGGCCUACAUAAUGGAGUGUUUGCAGGGCACUGCUACUUUCAUUGCAAGCCCAGCCAAGGCGUUUUUGUCAACUUCAGCAAAAUAUUGAUGAUCCUCGAGUAAAAAUGAUUCCUUAAAAGGAAAAGACUUCUACCUAUUUAGGUAUCUGAAGUAACGUUGAUAAAAAUCCAGCCACAGUCCAAUUCAAGUAAUGAAAUAUGGUGACCUGCUCUGCAAAAGCUCUUCGGAAUGCACCUGAACCACAUUUCAUUUGGCUCCAUAAUUCCAACUUCCUUUCAAGCAGGGAAUGUGUCUGCCUGCAAUUCCAUUUUAAAAUCACCUCUGAUGUGUUGUCUCCACUGCUAAUAAGUAUGUAGCUUCUAAACUGAUAGUAUUAUCACUUUCUGGCUUUUCAACUGGAAAAUAUUUUUGUUCAAAAUCUUAUGCAUGGUCCACAGUGUGGUAUUUGUGACUUAAUGCAUGGUAGUUCACUGCUUCUUCGUUUCACAUGUGGGGGCUCAGCACUGCACUGGUAGAAGGCCCCCAGAUUUGAUCAGAUUGACAGGAUUGGAGAGCGGUGACUUUAGAGGAAGGAUGGGGUGAGUGGUGGUGUGGUGUAGAUCCGGUUGACAGAGUGAUGCUGUUGGAUACCUUGGAUGAGGUUACCAGCCCGGCACACCAGAAAAUUUUCACACAAACUGAACCAAAAAUACCCUGCAAGAGAGGGUUUGCACCUAAUCAUAAUUUUUCUUAGUCUGCAAAGUGUUUCACAGUCAAUAAUUUGUGUACAUUUUGAAGAGCCCUGCAGUAUUAAUAUUGUUUUCCAGGUGUCUUUAACACUUCCCUGAUAUUUACUUCUGUCUCCUCUUGACCAUAUUUUAUACUUCAUGUCACUUUUGCCACAUUGUGAUAAUGGCAGUUGCUCCAAAUUCAGUACCAUUAACCAGAAGUGAUAGUCCUAUUGCCUCAGUGGUGGAGUGAGAACAUUAGGACAAAAGAAACAGGAGCAGGAGUGGGCCAGUCAGUCCCUGGAGCCUGGUUCAUCAUCUAAUAAAAUCAUGACUGACCUCAAUAUCACUUUCGUAUUCCAUCCCCAUACCCCUGGACUCCCCAGUGGUGAAGUGCAUUUCCAAAGCUCCUCCAAAAACAACACUAUCACAGCCGCUCUGCGUCUAUAGGAUAUGCUGUAGAGCAAAAUCUUAUCAUUUCAAUGCAGGCGGUUGAGAUCAACAUGCAACUUUGCGGUAUAAUUUCCUCCAUUUCCCGUACAGACUUUCCUGAGGCCCUGGGGAAAUCCAUAGCCUGGAAGGGAAGCUGUGCAGAGUUGUUCCUUAAAGAACGUGAAAAGCUAGUAAAAGGGCAAAUUCCACAGUGCUGCAGUCAGAACUGGUGUGUGGAAUUUAUAACACAGAAACAGGUUAUUUAGCCCAUUAAACUCCUCCUAUUGUUUAUGCUCCAUAUAAAAGUGUUGUCACCUCAGAAUUCUCAAAUUUUACCAACACAUCCUUCUAUUCUUUUCUCAUUAAAGCUUCCUUUUAAAUUUAUUCUGCUGAUUGCCUCAACUACCAGUUGCAAGUUUGACAUUCUAACCACUCUAGGUUAAGACAGACAGUAUCUCCUGAAUUCCCAUGGGUUUUAGUAGUGACUGUCUUAUAUAUGUGACCUUUAGUUCUAGCCUGCCUUGCACGUACACCCUCUUCAACUUAUCCAUCAUCAGGGCAUGGCUUACUCAUCUCUUAACUGGAAGGAAUAUUACACUAUUUGAUCUUUUCUGAUAGGUGCAACUUUGCAUUGAUGGUAUUUUUCCGGUAACUUUUUGGCACUUUCUCCAAUGCCACCGAAACCUUUUUAUGUUAUGGAGACAGAAGUUGUUCCCUUAAAGUUUUAUGAGUAUUCUUCAAAUGAACUGAAUGGCAUGGUUUGAUACUUUUUUGGAUCACAUUAAGAUCUGAGACUAAUUUUGAUGAUUUUUGUCUGUACCCCCAUAUCCCUCUGUUUCUCUAUCCCCUUAAGGUAUACAUUUUAUUGAGAAUAUUCUUCCUGCCAAACGUAUCAAUAUACAGUAUAUAGUGAGAUGUUAUAGCAAUGCAGAAGCAACUCAUAACGGAAGUAGUGUGUUACUUACCAGAAGUCCGCGCUCCUUACUAGAAGUGUGCGCUCAGUGCAAGACUGAUAGAUAAUAUACAUUUAUAUGUAUUUGCGUUUUGUGUUUCACCUUUCAAGGAAGAAGUGGGAUGGAUUAAACCAAACAUUAUGAGCCAAACUUGAGAGGAAUGUAUCUCUUUUUGAAUGGCAGAAUAUUUUAUGACUGAAUUAAUGGGGUUAAAUCAAAUAACAGUUGAGUAACUUAUCACCAUUUAACAAAAUUCCAAGCAUUAGAUUUUGAUUUUCUAUGAAUACAAAUUUAAUGGCAAUGAACUAUCAGCUCAGCAUAAACAGCAAAUAUUAAGAAUUUAUGUAUUUCAUUCUUAGAUCAAAACAUCACUUUAUACAAACGUUUUUACUUUCCACUGUGUAACAACUUGUCAAUAAACAGAGU